CGGACUGAUCACUUCCACUGCUCAGCCAGCGAUCCCUCCCCCACCCCUCGUCUAAGUCAAUCGAUCAAUACCAAACCGCCCCCCCCUCUGGAUCCUACCAGGCCUGACCGAUCACUUCCACCGCUCAGCCAGCGAUCUCGCCCCCACCCCUCGUCUGAGUCGAUCAAUCUCAACCAAACUGCCCCCCCCCUCUGGAUCCUACCAGGCCACCUAGCACCAGUGCAAUCAAACAUUGGUAGCUAUUACCAAUUAUCCGUAUUUCCAGGGCCUAAUCCACUUGGUGGCCGUUUCUGCUUAACCUCUAAACCCAUUGGUUCCAAGCAUAUCAUGGGUAAAAACAUCCGUCGUAAUAACAAGAGCAGGAAAGAGGCAAAACAAAGAAACAGAAAUAAUAGACAAAGAGAGAACAACGCUAAAUUGAACCAUGAGGCUUUAGGAAUCACCAACCGUUCGAUUACCUGGCAUUGGGUCCGCUACCGUCCUAUCAGCCUGUACCCUACGAUCCAAUUUGUCGAUGAAAAACCCACCCGGGGACCAACCGAUACCGAGCUCAAAGCUGCACAGGAUGAAGUCAAAUCUUUUCGGCUUAUCAAAACUGGACUUAAUGUGAUAAGGGACCCGACCGACAAGAAAUCAGUAAUCGCAAUUAUUGAGUUCACGCGUUUUGAGGAUCUAACCGACACUGAGAAAGACGACCUCAACUUUGUCUCUACUUUCCUCCACGACUCAAAAAAAUGGAUCAGCGCGGUCCGAUCUUCCUCGAGAAUCUGGGGUGGUUUGAUGUGGGCUAUUGGCUGGAGGAAGUCUUCUGAUACAAACCAAAUUGCUGGAAGGUAUAUUAAAGCCUUCAAUGAAUCACAGAUGUUUGCGUAUGAUUUUCACUACAAGAAAUCUGCAAGACUCGGGACCAUAAUUGGAAAUCUUUUCAAAAAAAUGGCUCAUAUUCCCUUCCAAAAAAAUCAAGACCUGAUGAAGGAAUUCAAUCUUCCUGACUUUGCAUCCCUUUCUUUCAAUGAGCCACCGGCCGAUUCCACUUGCUCUCCUCAUAUCACUUUCACCACCAAUCAAUUCUUCAACCCGCCCCAUAAAGAUAAGAAUGAUAUUUCUGAAUAUGCUUUUGUUUUAUUUCUUCCUUCAUCCGCCAAAGAUGGCACUUUGGUCGGCUCUUCUUCGGGGUAUGAUAUUAGCUCUGGGCAAUUUGUUUUUCCUGAUCACCGUUUUGGAAUUGACUUCGAUCAUCAACAUGGUGUUGUCAAGAUGAUUUGGCAAGCCAACAAAUACACCCAUUGUACAAUGCCAUCUUCUCCUAGUUCACAGUUUUACCGUCUUGGAUUAUCUGUUCAAAUCAAUUAUAGUCUUGCUCUCACUUGUGAUAAAUACAUCAAAGGAUACUACAGAGACUUAGCUAAUUACUUCGCCGAUCACUUGUAUUACUUGAAACGUUGUAUUGGGUCAUCCUCUUCCCCUGCAUUGAGCCAAGCUCCUAGGCCCCGUUCGAGCAUUGGGAUGAGCUGGCUCACCUCCUCUUCCCCUUUUGGGAUGUCUACCCACUGGCGAAGCGCCCUCGUACCAGACUCCUCCCGUUCGACACGCACAGUUCCGGAUGAUGAAACCUCACAUCCUCCGGCGUGGCAAUUGUGCUGGACGUUGAUUGUUGAAACGACAUCCUAUAAGGUGGGUAUUGCUGUCAGAAAUUGGGUGAUCGCGUCUGAUGUAGAGAACAACUUACCUCAAUUCUUACAAACUUUGUAA